AUGGGAAGGCAGGGUGUCUCUGAGGUGAUUCUAAUUGCCCUUAACUACAACAUCACCAUUAUAGGGAAAGUUUGGCUCAUUCUGAUGGUGUUCCUGAGAGUUCUCGUUUUGUUGUUUGCUGGAUAUCCUCUCUACCAGGAUGAGCAGGAGCGGUUUGUGUGUAACACCAUCCAGCCAGGUUGCGCCAAUGUGUGUUACGACCUAUUCGCUCCCCUUUCCCUCUUCCGCUUCUGGCUGGUCCAGCUCACCACGCUCUGCCUUCCAUACAUCAUAUUUGUCAUCUACAUAGUACACAAAGUCACUGCGGGCCUGGCUGUGGACCAGGAGACCUUCAACAGAAUUAAGGCCGGAUCCCUUUAUAAGAUCCGUCAGGAAUCUUUCCGAAAGGCCUCGCUUUGUACUAUUGCUGCUCAGGUAGAAACAGGAAGGGUCCAGCGCUUCACGGGGGCCUACAUCUUUCACCUCUUUUUCCGGAUCCUUCUGGAAGCCGGGUUUGGUGCCGCCCAUUACUACCUGUUUGGAUUCUACAUCCCUAAACGGUUCAUGUGUCAGCAAGUUCCCUGCACCACCACAGUGGAUUGCUACAUCUCCAGGCCGACAGAAAAAACCGUCAUGCUUAAUUUCAUGCUGGGCGUGUCUGCGCUGUCCCUCCUACUCAAUAUAUUUGAUCUUGUCUGUGCCAUUAAACGCUCUGUGAGGCAGAGUAGCAAGAGGAAGAUGCUGGUGCAGAAGAUGUAUGAAGAGGAGCAGUACUAUCUCUCCCCAUCAGACAGCCGCUGUGUAGACGCUAAUGUAUCUCCAGGGUCUCACAACCUGGAAGCUCUCGGAAGUUUCCGGAAAAGAAGGGUGAGCAAGUCCAGUGCCGACGAGACUGCCUCUGGGCGUAUGGAGGAAGGUGAGCUUCACCCCUCUGCAACCCACGUUGCCACCCCGCUUGGACCAGGCAUAGCUGUCUCCACAAACACUAAUGGGAACAAUGACUGCCCACCCUCCCAGGAGGAAGGUAUGGAGAGAGAGGGCAGCGAGGUAGCACUGUGCCCACCUGACCCUCUGGCUACACCCAGGUCUAUCCGUGUCAGCAAACGCAGCCGUCUUAAACCUCCACCACCUCCUAGGAAAGACAAACCAGCUGGGACAGGGGCUCUGGAUGUCUCCACAGCAACAGCAGUGUGUACCAGGCGUGUGGGGCAGUACACACUCGUGGAAAUGGCCACAGGGCCUGAUCUGCCGUCCGGUGGUGGGGAAGGACAGGAGAAGAGAUCAGAGUGGGUGUGA